GCGGAGCGCGCCCGCGGAGGCGGAUGGCGGCUGCGGCGGCUCAACCUCCCCGGCGGCUGGGGGCGCGCUGAGGCGGCGGCGACGCGCGGCGGACGCGGCGGGGCGCGGGGCGGAAAGAGCAGCGGCGGCGGCGGCAGCAGCAGCAGCAGCGGCGGCCGCUCCCAACAUGCACAGCCUGGCGACGGCCGCGCCUGUGCCUACAGCCCUGGCUCAAGUGGACAGAGAAAAGAUCUAUCAGUGGAUCAACGAGCUGUCCAGUCCUGAGACAAGAGAAAAUGCUUUGCUGGAGCUCAGUAAGAAGCGAGAAUCUGUCCCUGACCUUGCCCCCAUGCUGUGGCAUUCAUUUGGUACUAUCGCAGCUCUUUUGCAGGAAAUUGUAAAUAUUUAUCCAUCUAUUAACCCGCCCACCUUGACAGCGCACCAGUCUAACCGAGUUUGCAAUGCUCUGGCUUUACUGCAGUGUGUGGCGUCCCACCCAGAAACCAGGUCAGCAUUUCUUGCAGCACAUAUUCCACUUUUUUUGUACCCCUUUUUGCACACUGUCAGCAAAACGCGUCCUUUCGAGUAUCUUCGGCUAACCAGUCUUGGAGUUAUUGGGGCCCUGGUGAAAACAGAUGAGCAGGAAGUAAUCAACUUUUUAUUGACAACCGAAAUUAUCCCUUUGUGUUUACGCAUUAUGGAAUCUGGAAGUGAACUUUCUAAAACAGUUGCCACGUUCAUCCUUCAGAAAAUCCUGCUUGAUGACACUGGCUUAGCUUAUAUAUGUCAAACGUAUGAGCGUUUCUCUCACGUUGCCAUGAUCUUGGGUAAAAUGGUCCUGCAGCUAUCCAAAGAGCCCUCUGCCCGUCUGCUGAAGCAUGUGGUGAGAUGUUACCUUCGACUCUCAGAUAAUCCCAGGGCCCGUGAAGCGCUCCGCCAGUGCCUCCCCGACCAGCUGAAGGACACAACCUUCGCCCAGGUGCUAAAAGAUGACACCACCACCAAACGCUGGCUGGCACAACUGGUGAAGAACCUGCAGGAAGGCCAGGUCACAGAUCCCCGUGGGAUCCCCCUGCCCCCCCAGUGACCCUCCCACUGCUCCCCCCAAGCGGGGAGAGGGAGGGACGAUGGGAAGCUGCGAGGAAAACAGCUCAGGUUUUACGACGACUGACCUGCUCUUGAGCACCUCAGUGCUGAAUGGCCCCAGGCCUCCAGGUACUGGCCGAGGCGUCGGGACCUGGGCGCUCUCCGCUCCUCCCAGGAAAGGGGCUCCCAGCCCGGCCGCAGGAGGGUGUCAACACCAGCAGAUGCUGUAUUUGCAGCACACCCCAGAAGAUCCUCUCCUCACCCGGCCCUGGGAGGGAGGCGGGCAGCGUGGCACUCUCUCCUGCUGAGGGCCUGCGACCAAGCCAUGGACCAGUUCGUUCUUCUGCCUUCCUGGAAGACUCAAGACGUGUCUCUUCAUCCUCUCUCAGUGUUUGUUUACCCUGGUCUUUGGUUUUGAUCUCAGAGCGGUCUCUGUGGUGGGCCCUCAGCCAAACUUGGUCAGUUGGCACUGUUUACAAGUCUGUUAGCUGCAUAAGCUCAAUAAAAAGUUGGUCUGGGCAUUACAUCCAUCUCCUCCAGUAGGCCAAGAGCUGCAUGAACUGUUGUGAAGACCGGGAGGUGGGGAAAGGUACAGAAAGGCACGCACACCCCAGCACCCCCACUUAGCCCCUUCUCUCCCCCACUCUCCUACCCCUUCGUGUCGUUUCCGGCUUGAGCUGCUAGCGUUUCCAGAUCUUCGUGCUUUUCCCUUCCCUGUC